ACACGAAACAGAUGUAAUUGAUUUCAGACCAUGUUCUCGGUUUCCGGCUUGGUAGAUUCAUCGAAUAAUGUAAUGCGUGAUCGCUACUUUAAAUCAUGUUUGGUCAAAGAUAGCGAAAUAAAAAUGCUAUUUAAAUAUGAAUGCUAUGAUCACAAUAUAGAGGCAUAACCGCGAGAGCGAUAUUUCAUCCGACUAAAAAGUAUCGACUAAUUAGUCGAUAGUACGUUGCGAUUAUUCCCUAGGUAGUCGAUACUUUAAAUUAGUCGAUAGUGCCCGUCACUAAAACAAAGUAAAUCGUGGUAAAGAGUGUCUUUCCCGAUUUCCAUUUACUUUCACGUUUGUCCAUAUUUUAUUCUUUAAUCUGUAUAUCCUGACGUGACACAGUAUUUACAUGUUAUACUUUUCAUUUCUUUUGAAUUGCUGUGAUCUAUGUAGCGAGAUAAGGUAAGAAUUUCUUUUCUAUAUAAAAAUAAACGUAAAUUAGUCCUCUGUAAAUGAUUUUUACUCAAAAUUUAUUUCGAUCGAAUUUACGUAUCAAGUAAGUAUAAAAAAAUCAAUAUUAAGUUUAGCUGAAAAGAACAUUUUGUAUGCAGGAAUAAAAAUGCAGUCGGAGCGAAGUACAUUUCAGAAAUCUUCGACAACAGUCAUACAAAAUAAAUCAGAAGUCGAUUAUGUUUGGAAAGAUUUUAGUUGCCCGAAAUAUAUUAGUUAUCUUUGUCCGAAAACUAGCAAAUUGCCCGAUAAAUUUUUUGAGUUCGAUGAAAAAUUAAAAUUAGAAACGCAUCAAAUUUUACAGAAAUUAGACGUACUUAUAUCUGAUCCUGUUACGAGUGAUAGCGUAAUUCGUAUAAGCAGACUCUUAUACGAUUACCUUCACGAAGUAGGAAAUAAUGGCUAUAAAAUCAAAGAUCUACCGUUAGUACUAAAAGUGUUAAAAUUCUUGGCGGAGAACGUCGAGAACGUUAAAGAAUACGAGCUGCAUCUUGAUAGAAUGCUAGAGAUUUGUCGUUUGCCACCUGUAUUGGAAAAGUCUUCGGAGGGUUUUACCAAUUCCGAUUCAGUCGAACAAUAUUUCACAUUGUUAGGAAAUCUUCUCAUAAUCCUGCCGCAGAAGCAGGUUCUAAAAGUUCACGAAGUACUGCAUUCUUUGUUAUUAAGAACCCAAGUAAGGAAUGUCGAUGCAAUGAAACUUGAACAAUGUCGUAAAGCCAUGGAGAAAUCUAUGUUGCCAUUGACCGUAGUUAAACUACUGCAAUCUUCCGAUACCGAGAUGUAUCCAAAACGUCUAGAACUGGUUUUAUUGCUUUCGUCCAUAUCCGAUACUUGUUCUCGCAGAAUGUUGGAAGCUGAGGCACUUACCACGAUACUUACCAGAAUGGAUCUUCCAUACGCGACUCAAUCACGUUGCACAAGGCCACCUGACUUGCUAUUAUCUGGUGCUGACUACAGUGACGAUAAAGUUUUUCUGAUCGUGAACACUCUGUGGAGUCUGUUGAAAUGUAUAGUUUUCCCAAAUGAUACACCGGCUGAUUUAAAGAACAGUGAAACGCCUCACCACUGCGUCUUAUGGUAAUAACAGCCUGAA